AUGAAGACGGGACUGAAGUUUUCCAAGACGACACAUGCUGCAGUUUACGGUCAGUGCUUUUUGAAUGGUUUUGCAGUAAAAAUGCGCUUGGGUGUGAUAUUAGUGGUUGUGGUGGUGCUAUGUGUGGGGAGCCGUCCAAUCAACAGUGAGAUAGUAGUAAAAGCUUCAACAACACGCUGCCACUCGCCAGCAUUUCUUAUGUACGAAGCAAUGAUGAGUGCAUACCUGGAGGGAUACAAAACAUUGACAACCAUCAUCGGGGACGACAUGGUAGAUAACGCGAUCAUUGAGGCGAUCAAGUGUCAUCGUGUCGCCAAACUGCAGGCUUCGUAUAAGCUGUACACGGUUGAUACCUACUUUCAAUCAGUCGAAAGAGAUCGAAACGAUCGGAACUAUGGCUACAAUCUGAACCCUUACCCGAUCUGGGAAGCGUUCCACUGCGAAGCGAAUAUGUCGAUGAUUAUGGAGCAAGUGUUACCGGCGAUUGCGUUUCGCAAUCCAGUAGCGAGAGUCAUUCUGCUCGUACGUGGCAUCGGAAAGUACGAUAUGAUGCAGCUCUUUCGUCGUGCCUGGACACGUUUCAAGAUGUUGGAUAUUCUCGUACUGAGUCGCAUCGACUAUCGCACGAUACUGAUGUGCCUAUUCAAUCCUUACCUGACCAGUCGGGAUGAAAUGUUGGACGAAAGGAAUAUGUUUUGCUAUCAUCUAAGAACAAUGGAGGAUGUGGAUUCGUUUAACAGGGAGGUGCAGCGAUUCACCUACGAACGUAUUACAAACCUACACCAGUAUCCAUUAAGGAUAGCCAUUACGGAUGUGGAGCUGAUGUCGAAGGCAGUUUACUUUGCGAAUGGAACGCUACGUCGUUACCAAUAUCUCGAUGGUGAAAUGAUAGAAAUUAUGCGAGAAAGAAUGAACUUCACCAUAAACUACAAUCAACUCAACUACCAAGAGUCGGUCGGCUUCAUCUCGUCGAAUGGCAGCUUAGGUGGAACGCUGCAGAUGCUGGAGCAUAACACCAUUGAUCUGGCGGCCAACUCACGCUCCAUCAUGCAGCACCCAAUGCGCAACUUGCAGUACGUACACUUUCUUUGCCCGAUCCGGCUGAUCUUCGUUGUUCCGAUGAACUAUUUUCGCGAUCGUUACAAGGUGGUCUUUUUUCACGCAUUUUCUCUGCAAAUGUAUUCGACCAACUUUGCCAUGGCUAUUUUACUACCUUCACUGUUGCUGGUCCUGAUGCGGCGCAAGUUUUCUGCCGCUGCCUACCUAACGGAGACGUUUCGCAUACUGGCAAUUGUUUUUUCAUGUAGCAUUCGUUUACCGCGCAACAACCGACACCGGCUCGUCCUGAUGGGCCUGAUGUUCUACAGCAUAGUGGCGUACUCGGCCUGGCAAGGGAUCACCAUCAUCCAGCUCAACUUGGACGAUGAAAAGCUGCGCAACAUACAAACGCUGGAAGAGCUGGUGGAAACGAAGCUGAACCUGAAAGCGAUCGUUUCCUUUGGUAAUGCGAUACGGGGCAAGGUUUGGAACAGUAGCGAUGUGCGUGGUCGUAUAGCAGCUCGGCUCGAUGUGCAGUGGAAACCGUCGAACAUCAGCAUUAUCCCGGAGGUGGCAGACAAUCGGACAUCUGCUGUACCUAUCAUCGAAUACUUUAUUGAGGUGGUGAGAUCUCGUUACUUUGACCCGGUACGCAAGCAAAGUAAGCUGUACUUCAUUCAGCAACCAUUUAUCGAAUAUCUGACAGCGAUGGCACUACCGAAGAAUUCACCCCUCUUUCCCACGAUACGACGCUUGACCAUGAACUGUCUCGAGAAUGGGAUAGUGAACUACCAGCUCACGCUCAUAAGACAGAAGGGUGCCCUUUUGCAGAUUGCACAAAUACGCAACAAAACAUUGCGUGACGAACCACCGGCCAGAAGGGUGAACCUUUUUAAUAUGCGCAUCGUAUUUUUCGUUUAUAUGCUGAUGAACGGUGUCGCAAUUUUGGUGUUCUUAUGCGAGGUAGGGUAUUUUCGUUAUCAGCAAAAGAAAACUAUUACGCGAAGGAAGCGUCGUCGGGUUGGUGCGCGACGUCCGUCUAUCGUAUGGCCGUAUAUAGAGUGA